CGGUUCAAGAAGAAGGGGGCAGCGAAGGCAGGAGCGGAUCGCGCUGAACUCUCUCCGCUGAUACGUUUCGGCUCUUCGCGGAUACAUCGCGUCCUAGCCCCCCCCCUUAAAAAAAAAACUCUCACGGAUGCUAUUGCGAAGCAUGAGUUGGAAGAUGAACAUUUAACGGGAGGGGGGGGUCGGUGCAACGCUGAGGAUUACUUUUCUCCUUUUCGGCAGGACCGGAUUGGGGGGGCUGUUUUAAGGAAGGGCCGCGCGCCCCUCUUGCGGAGGGGGGCCGGGGGGAGAAAAGGAAAAAAGCCCCCCCCCCGAAGUCCUGGAUCGAUGAGAGAAGACUCAGAGGAUCCCCUGCUGACUUGAGAAAGAAAAGCGAGAGGCACGCAGAUUGCGGAGGAACUUGAAAAGAAAAGCCAGAGCAGAAGGAACUCCAGGAACCAUGAGCAGCGCUGCCUUGCUGACUCACCUUCCAGACCCCAGCGGCAGCUUCAGGGAGGAUGCCCCCCGCCCCCCUGUGCCAGGGGAAGAGGGUGAGGCACCAUGCCACCUGCCUGCCAGCUUGUUUGUCGUGAAAAACCAAAGCUUCAAGGCCAUGUCAGUUUCUUCCACCCCAAGGAGGAACGAGGACGGCCUAGGGGAACCCGAAGGCAGCGCCUCUCCAGACUCCCCUCUCACCCGAUGGACCAAAUCCUUGCAUUCCUUACUGGGAGAUCAAGAUGGUGCCUAUCUCUUUCGGACCUUCCUGGAAAGGGAAAAAUGUGUGGAUACUUUAGACUUCUGGUUUGCUUGCAACGGCUUCAGGCAGAUGGACCUUAAGGAUACCAAAACUGUAAGAGUCGCCAAAGCUAUAUACAAAAGGUACAUUGAGAACAACAGCAUUGUCUCCAAACAGCUCAAGCCUGCCACGAAGACCUACAUAAGGGAUACUCUCAAGAAGCAGCAGAUAGAUUCUAUAAUGUUUGAUCAGGCGCAGACGGAGAUUCAGACUGUGAUGAAGGAAAACGCAUACCAGAUGUUCUUAACUUCUGAUGUAUACCUUGAAUAUGUAAGGAGUGGGGGGGAAAAUCCUGCGUAUAUUAACAGCAAUGGACUGGGGAGCUUGAAAGUGGACUGUGGCUAUCUCCCUACGUUGAAUGAAGAAGAGGAAUGGAGCUGUGCAGAUUUUAAACACAAACUUCUGCCCUCUGUACUUGGAUUGUCCAGUAAGACGUUGAGGGCUACAGCAAGCGUCCGAGCAACGGAGACUGUGGAGAAUGGGUUCAGGUCUUUCAAGAGGAACGAUCCUGUUAACCCUUACCAUGUGAACUCUGGUUAUGUCUUUGCUCCAACCACUAGUGCAAAUGACAGUGAAAUAUCUAGCGAUGCUUUGACGGAUGACUCCAUGUCAAUGACAGACAGCAGUGUUGAUGGGAUUCCUCCUUAUAGACUUGGGAGCAAGAAACAGCUCCAGAGGGAAAUGCAUCGCAGCGUCAAGGCCAAUGGUCAAGUUUCUCUACCUCACUUUCCAAGAACCCACCGUCUUCCUAAAGAAAUGACCCCUGUGGAACCGGCUACCUUUGCGGCUGAACUCAUCUCUCGGUUGGAAAAGCUCAAGCAAGAACAAGAGACCAUGGAUUGCCUGGAAGAGCGGCUGCAGCAAAUCACAGAGGAUGAAGAGAAGGAAUGCUCUGAGAUACCCGGCAGCACGCAGACGAAUCGGGAGGCUGUUGUUGCUCCCCACCAGCAACACCCGCUCAGUCUCUUACCAUCGGGCAGCUAUGAGGACGAUCCACAGGCCAUCCUGGAUGACCACCUCUCUCGAGUGCUGAAGACGCCGGGGUGCCAGUCUCCUGGCGUGGGGCGGCACAGCCCUCGCAGUCGCUCUCCAGACCGCCUCCCAGGGAACAAGCUGCUGCUGGCCCCGGGCACUGCCUCCAUACCGACAAGCUGUGCCCUCAUCAGCAAAGGAUUUAUUACCAAGCAGACCACCAAACAUGUCCACCACCACUACAUCCACCACCACACCGUCCCCAAGACGAAAGAGCAGAUAGAAGCAGAGGCAGCCCAGCGGGUCCAGGGCUUGGGUGCGGGGGGCAGCGACUACUACUGCUACUCCAAGUGCAAGGGGCACGCGAAAGGGACAGACCUCCCUGCGGCUCAGCUGGAGCCAUUUGGCCUCAGCAGAACUGGGACGUUGCCGAAGAGGACCUGUAAACUAUCAGAUGGCGUCAUCCUGCCCGGUGGAGAAGGAGGAGGCUUGUCUGUCGUUCCAGGGACCCAACUACCUGCCGGGGAGGCAGACCGCGCACAGAAUGUCUGGCAGUGGAUGCUGGAGAGUGAAAGACAAUCUAAGCACAAGCCCCAUAGCACGCAAAGCACAAAGAAGGCCCACAAUUCUGAGUCCACCAGAGGCGUGCCUGGUGAGCGUCCAGCCAGGCACCACCUGUGGGGCAACGGCAGCCACCCACGUGGGGCACAGCCCGCCCACCCUUUUAUCCAGGAUCCUGCCAUGCCCCCGCUGACGCCACCCAACACUUUGGCCCAGCUGGAGGAGGCUUGCCGCAGGCUAACAGAAGUAUCCAAGCCUCAGAAACAACGAUGUUCGGCCUCAAAUCAACCAAGAGAUCGCAACCACUUGACUUUGGUACCUGGAGGAAAUGGCCCUUUUUGCAAUGCAAGCAUAGCAACAGAAGAUCACAAAGAACCAAAGAAACUUCCCGUUGUCCACUCCUCCCAACCCACUGAGUUGGUUGUCACUUAUUUUUUCUGCGGAGAAGAAAUUCCCUAUAGGAGGAUGUUGAAGGCCCAGAGCCUCACACUUGGGCACUUUAAAGAGCAGCUGAGCAAAAAGGGAAAUUAUAGGUAUUACUUCAAAAAGGCAAGCGAUGAGUUUGACUGUGGUGCUGUUUUUGAAGAAAUCUGGGAUGACGAUGCCAUUCUGCCCAUGUACGAAGGAAGGAUCCUUGGGAAAGUGGAACGGAUUGACUGACGGGCUGUCGUUAUCUGUGUAUGUGUGUUUAAAGAACCAUAAGCUAAAGAUGCCAGCCAUUGGACGCAACCAUUAAACAAAGCUUUUGAAGGAAGGGUUUGAACCAAUGAAGAAAAAAGCAACAAAAAUAAAUGGAGGUCUAUGAAGACUUUGCCAAAUCAGCCUUAGCUUUUUUUAAAAAAAUGAUAUUCGAGCUGGGUACUGAGACAUUAAGAACCCUGAACUAUUUAUUAAAAACGUGACCACUUCUUGGCGAUUGAAGAGACUUGUUGAGAGAUGUUGAGAGACUUCCAUACAUAAUAUAUGGUUUCUAGGGAAUCCCCAAUCCUAUGGACUCAGAGAACUGUGUAUAGCUUACCUUACAGUAAUCCUUAUUGAUAUUUAUUGAACAGUCGUUUUUUUUCCCUUAAGUCCAGUUUAUGGACAUGCUGCUUUAAACAACGGAGGAAAGAGGGGAUGUGAUGUAGAGAAAAGGGGUGGUUUUGUAUUUUAUUUUUACAUUUGUUCCCACUGUCUAAAUAAUUAGAAUUUUGUCUUUUUUAAAAAUACAUUCAUUUCUGCCUCCUUAGAAAACGAACUGGAAUUAUGAGGUGCCCGACAUUUCCUCACAUUUUUAUUUCUGAAGAGUCUGUAUGUGUGCGUGCGCGAGCGUGUGUGAGUGUGUUAGAGAGAAUGAAUACUGUCCUGUACAUUCACUCUUCUAGAGAGUGCUUCAUUUUAAUCGAUGCUGCUCUGAUUUUUAGGCCUAAGGCAAACACAUAAGUGUUCCCAUUCUCCUCUAACGAUGGCUAAGAGAGGAGGGAACAUCCCGCGUUCUUGAGUGCAUCUCCUCAUCUCCCUCCUCUGUUCUGUUUUUGAACUUCACGGUAGUGCAAUGUGAUGUCUGUAAAGGCUGGAUACACCAACCUUGGUUAGCAGUAACAGUUUGCCAGCCUGCUUCUUACUACGGUUACAAAUUGUGGUUUGAAGCUUACAGUAGAGCUAAUAUCAAUACCAGUUCAGGCAUAAGGUGCAGACAGAGGAGGGGGAAAUUAUAUUCAGUAGGAAGGGGUAGCAAAACAGUCCAUAAACAUUUGUGAUUUUCUAACCAUGGUUAAGAGAGUAGGGAUAUUAUGACUGCAUUGGCCCUAGCCAUGGAUUCAUGGGUGGUGGUUGUCAGUUUUUGUGGUAAGAAUGUAUUUCUGCCUUUUUGUUCCAUACCAGUCAUAGACUUUAUGUCCAGUGCCUGCCUUUAGCAAGGCAAGCAUACAGUUAUAAAGUAUAUAGGAACCUACUGGAUCAUCCAGUCCAGCUUCCGGCGACAGACCAGCCUGUCCCAGGAAAAGCAGUACUUGAAGCCAGUCCUAUUUACGUUGACACAAACUUAGCCAGAUUUUUAAAAAAUGGGUGUUUAUCACUCAAAUCACCCAUAGCUUUUUAAAAAAAAUGUAGGGCCAAACUACAAGUGACAAAUGACACUAGAACGGCAAGUGUAUUCCUCCCUGUUCACUUGCCCUCCACUUGCUCUCCACUCGAUCCACUUGCCGUUCAAGUGUCAUUUGUCACUUGUAGCUUGGCCCGUAGUCACUCUUUGAGUAGUGGCCAAUUAAUUAUAUCUCAACUAUAAUGUAUAGGCCGAAUUUUAAAAUAUCUUGUGCCCCACCCCCAUCUCAGCUGCAGAGUGAAGGGUAGUUAUGGGUUGAUGUAUUCUACAGCCUGGAAUAGUGCCAUCCAGUUUUCUAAUAUCAAAUUCUGGAGCUAAAUUCUGGUUCGGUUACACUUUGGCUUUUAUAGACCUCAGUUGAAGCUUAGCAGAGUAUAAUUCCGGAUGCAUUUCACUAGGGCUGUUGUUAUUCCGAACAACGAAAAGUAUUUAUACUACCUGACAAAUUGGGGUGUGAUCAUAAAACAACAGGCCCCCUAGACAGAAAUCAUAACUUCCGAUUGUGCCCUGAGCAAGGGAGAUGUUUUAGCCUUUUGUUUCUCGGACUGCUGCUGGACAGCUUUCUCCUCUGAUCAUAAGCUGCCAGUAGUAUCCACAUACUGGAUUGUGGUUGCAAUGUAUCGUGCUAUAAAAUACCGGAAAAGUUCCCUACUUUAAUUGCACCCUUUGCAUGUAUUGGGCUAAUGCAACACACAACACUUGCCCCCCGCAAAAGACGUUUUAUUUCUACAUUUUGUAUUUGUUGAUGCUUUCUAUUUGCCAAUGUUACAUUUCUUUUGUAUAUUAUGUCUGUAUAUAGUGUAGAAAAUACGUGGUGAGAAAGAAAAAGACUAUUAAUACACUAUCUCUAGUGUGUGUUUUUAAAAAAAACACUUCAAUCAGUACAGUACCUGUGCCUGCAUGGUGUUACUAUGCCAUGUUUCGCCCUAUGUUCAGGGUCCAAGCUCUCCCUUGUUUGUUUAAGGGGUUUAUGUAUAAAUAUAUUUUAUGCUUUUUUUACUACAAGUCUUGUACUUAUGACCUUUGCCAUGACAUUUGUUCUACUUAUACUGUAAAUUAUGCAUUAUUAAGAGUUUCAUUUAAAGAAAAAAAUACUUGGUACAAUAAUUAUUGUAAUUAAGAGA